GAUACUUUGGUAACAUUUGAAACACUGCACAAUUAGUACAUAAUCAAGUUCACGAUUGAAUAAAAAAAGUAAUUACAGUUUAGAAAUUCUGGUUGUUAUGGCUUUCUGGAUUUGGUUAAUUUUUUUAAGUGUAAUCUACGUUGUGUGGAAAAAUGUUAAAAUGAGAUGGUACUUCAUCAAACACGGAGUGCCUGCAUAUCCUAAAUUACCGUCCAUCGGUAUUUUUGGUGUUAAUUUAAUAAAGCGUUGUCAUGCCAAUAUCAUAAUAAAGGAUUUGUAUGCUGCGAAUAAAAAAGCAAAAUACGUUGUUUCCUACUUUUUUGUCAGCCAUGCAAUUGUCGUACGUGAUCUCGACUUGAUAAAAUCCGUGUUCAUUAAAAACUUUGACCAUUUCGCUCAUCGUAGAACUUUUGUCGAAGAGGCAACCGAUCCACUAACUGGUAAGAACUUGGCUUUUUUAAAUGGCGAUAAAUGGAGAGAUGUGCGUAGUUUAUUGAGUCCAGCGUUUACGUCAAGUAAAAUCCGGACGAUGCACGGGUUGAUAUCUGAAUGUGCUGAAAGUUUUGCGGAAACGUUUAUCAAACUGUUUGCCAAUGUUGAUGCUAUUGACAUUAAAGAUGUUUUUGGUCGAUUUACAACAGAUAUAAUAGCUACCUGUGCUUUUGGUAUUGAGGUUAACAGUUUGGACAAUCCAAACGAUAAGUUUUACGUCACGGGAAGAGAGUGCUCAUUUUCUAAUAGAAAAAUUCUGCUCAGAUUCUUGUUACCUGCCAUGUUCCCAAAACUGGCAGCCAAGUUAGGUACUAGGAUCAUCCCUAAAGAAGAAACUGAUUUCUUUAUUAGUAUUAUCAAAACAACGAUAAAGACAAGACAAGAGAAGGGUAUCACUCGACCUGACAUGUUGCAGCUUCUUAUUGAUGCUAAAAGUAAAGUUGGGGAGGUUUCUAGUGAAGAUUUGAUAGAAAUCACAGCUCAAGUCUUUGUUUUCAUCCUCGGUGGCUUCGACACCACAUCUGAUUUCAUGUGCUUGAUGGCACACGAACUAGCUGUCAAUCCCGAUGCUCAGCAAAAACUUCAGUCAGAAAUAGAUAAAGUCAUGCGGGAAUGUGAUGGUAAGCCUACGUACGAAGCCAUUGGUAAUAUGAACUAUUUGGAUGCUGUUUUCUACGAAACUAUGAGAAUGCAUCCUAUCGCUUACGUGUCGAGAAUGUGUUCUAAGGACUUUGAGUUUCCACCAGCGUUACCUGGAGGAAAACCAAUCACAAUUAAAUCAGGAACAGAAGUUUUUGCAGCUGUUGCAGCUAUCCAUAGAGACCCAGUUUAUUAUGAAAAUCCAGAUAAAUUCGAUCCUGAUAGAUUUUUGAACAAGAAGAUUAGUGAUGAUGUGUUCAAUUUGGGCUUUGGUUUAGGCCCAAGAAUGUGCAUAGGUAGGCGUUUCGCCAUACAUGAGAUUAAGACUUUGUUUACUCAGUUACUGUCCAAGUGUAGCCUUGAACCAUGUAAAAAAACUUGUAUACCAUUUGAACACGAUUCCAGUCAAUUUGCGGUGUAUCCAAAGGGUGGAUUUUGGUUGAAGAUGAAAUCCUAAACAACCCUUUAAAUCCUUUCGAACUAUUGGAGUAGCUACGCUGUUAAAAUGUUUUAUGGUUUUUGCCUCUCACUCUAUAAUUUAUUAAUUAUCAGGCACUCAAUGCACAACAAACAUAUAAGUAUGUAUUAAAUUGUAAUAAGAUAUAAAUUUAAUCAUUGUUUUUUAUAAGAGACUUUUUUACGGAAUGCAUCAGUUCAUCAAGUAGAUAAGGUUUUCCAAAAUAAGGAAAAAAAGUGAGAUUCUAGAUUUUUAUCAGUGAUAA